UGCAACUUCCUGCAGCGAGUAUCGUCUGCGAAGAGUCGGCUCCGAAAGACGAACAACAAUCGCUCUUUUCUGCAGGUGCAUAGAGCUGAGUUUGUGGUGCUUUGUGCAGCUAGGUGUAGUUCCUCUCAACUUCUUCCGCUAAAUUUGUGGCCAGGCGUUGUAUUAGGUAGUUGGGUCUAGUUCGCCGUAGUUUCCUCUUAUAAAUACGAGCACAGGUACCUCAAACUGCAACUAUGGCAUCACAAGCAAUUUCCUCUGCUACUUCGUACAAGAAUCCCAAACUGAUUGGGAUCAAUGAUGUAGAAAUCGACAAGAGUGGAAAGUUUAAGUACAUUCUCAUCAAGGUGCACGACCCUGACAAAGAUAGGGAGUUUAAAUUUAUCGUCAGAGGGACUUCGAAAGCAGGAUACCACGCUGACAUCUAUGAAAUGGUGGUUGGAGACAUCGAGGCCAAAGGACUGGACUGCGAGGUGCUGGGGGGUGGCAGGAUAGAACAUGAGCCGCAUAAGAAGUCCAUCAAAAUCUAUGGAUAUUCACAGCAAUACGGCCGGGCCGAUCAUUCCAUAACGCAGACCCUCCUCUUGCGUAAAUACAAAGACUACGAGAGUGUCACUUGGUCCAACGAGGGCUACUGACCAGCGCUCGGCGUUUCCGGUCCACUACGUUUCACGCAUCAGCUGUACAGAAACGAAAUAUGAAAUCAUUUGUUGUCGUCCUCACGUGCCUGGGCUUCCACCAUGGAUUGUGCUGCCCUCUGUUUACCAUCUGCACCUCUGCACCAGGGGUGGCUCGCUAGCUGAAACGACAGCUCCCUGCCUGUAGAUACACGCGUGCGCAGAUGAACAUUUCUUGCUUUAAUUUAUUUGGCUGUUUACUUUUUCCCCGUUUUGCUUGAUGCUUUUUUAAUUGUUAAACUUCUUUUGCGCACAGAAUUUGGAGCGUGCAUUUUAAUAUUUAAGGUAUGAAAGAGACGUUGGAUUGGUUGUGUGAGGUUAGAGGGGAGAGCAGUUAAUAAGCGGCACCAGAAACGGCUAGGUAGUUAACAUAGUUGUUUAUUUGUGUUUGUCGUGAGAUGUCUUACUUUUUUCCUUCAGUUCUUUCUACUUUUCUUGCUUUUUUCCUUCUUGAUUAGUGGCAGAAGCAUGAAAGAAGAAAAGAAAAAAAACUUUAAUGGCAGUGCAAUGCCCUUGACUUAGAUCUUCAUACGGGAACGAGGGGAGUUGUGUGGGAACAUCUGUUAUGUAAAAUCCUUAAGCCAGAUGUGGAAGUGUUUACUUUUUAGGAUGUACGGGUUUCUUGGUUCUUGACAAGUAAUAAAUAUUCUAGAGUGUGGGGUUUUAGAGACUCAAAAACAAUGUUGCAAUAAAUUCUCAUCAACAAAGUGAAAAGAUAUGCAUUUGAAAUGACCAGAACUGUGUUCUUUUACUUCACUUUUACCCAGAGUGAAUACCCAGAUUCAGUCUGUCUGUCAGAAACUCACCUAAAGAUUGAUUUAGCUAGUCGGGAAACACGGUUUCAAAUAAAGACAAGACAGGCUGUGUAAAAUUUCGUUUUCUUGUAAAUUGAGUAAGCGAGUUCUGCGUGGGAAAAAGGUAAACACAACAAAGACUGUCAAACAGAAAAUAGACUUUUUUAAAUUUAUGCGAUCAUAAGCAGACUUUAUCACCCUGUCUUUGAUUUUUAGUUUUUUCUAGAACAUUAUUUGUAUAAAACAAAUACAUGAUGCUAAUAUUCUACCCACCCACAAUUUUUUUUUUUUUUGCUUCUGCUCAUUUCAGUACCUAUCUCUUUCCUUUUUUUAUUUCUAGGGAGUUUUUUGUUUUUAUGAAAAUGGUAAGUGAGAUAUGUUAUGUGUAUUUUCAGGUAACAUAUUGUGGCUUUCGUGUGGGUAGGCUGUAUUUUGAUAUAUGUGCGUGUUAUAACAGUAAACAACAUGUUGUAUUACAGAUCCUUUGGUAGUAUUGCGGGGAUUUCGGUGGGGGAGGGAGUGAAUACAGUUCUGUACGGAUCCGCGUAUUGAAUGUUUAGUUUUUACUAGAAAAUAAAGUACUACAGUCUUUAAUAUGUCAAGCUUAUGAUCAUCUAUUUUAUUUGUUUAUUUACUGAAAUGUAGUACUCUUCGAGCUCAUGAAACUUGUUUUAGUCAUUGAAAGAAAGACAAAUGCAUUGUUAUUUUGUUUCGGAUAUUUAAGGAUCUACAGCGGACUACUCCGCUAAAUGUACCCAAAACGUAUUUCUUAGCUGUUUAGCAGUCGUCGUUGUAUUCACGUAACAAAGUGUUCGUCCUGAAAAUUUAUUUUCAAGUUUACAUUAAUCAUAGGCACCUGAACAUGUGAGUGGUUUUAUCACUGUUGUUUUUUCAGUAUAUUUUCCUGGUCGUUUCGAUUUGUUCAGAUUUUGUGUUUAGCAGGUUUGCUUCUCCCUUUGCCUUGUAAAAUGUGGGUAUUACUGGUGCCUUAAAGCAUCCCUACUAUCAGUAGUUUUAUCCACGUCCGACGUUUUUAUUGCUUGUUCCCUCGUCUCCAUUUUACAACCUGAAAGUCUUUCUCUCUUUCUCGCGCGCGCGCGCGCGUUCCCCAGCGGGUUAACGGCACUGAAGCCGGCACUAGUGUGUGUGCAGGUUGGCAAACCAUUGGGUAGCCAUUGAGAUUUGCUGAUGCAUCUUGCGAAUAUUAGUUCAGAAAGCUUUAAGUUUAAUCGCGCAGGGGAUUUUUUUUAACGUUCUUUAUAGGCUUCUGGAAAGUGUCUGGCAGAGAUUCGUUAACUGUUUACGUGUGCGUGCGCGCACGUGUGUGUCUGUGUGUGCGUGAGGGAGAGAGUGCGUUCACGUGCGCACCUUUCUUGUACAGAUGGCGUUUAACGCUUCAAAAGACAUCAGUUAGACUAUCCUCUUAGCAUAAAGACUUUUCUAUUUAACUAGUCAGAAAUUAAGAUAUAAUUUUAUUUCUAAUUUUUCUUCUUUCAUAAUAUCUCUCUCUCUUUCCUGCCACUUCGUUUUUUGUUUGUUUUUUUUUUGUUUUGUUUUUUUUUUUUUUUUUUUGUUUUGUUUUUGUUUCUUGACCCUGGAAAUAAAGGGAAAGCACAAGCAAUCUGUAUCAUAGGUUGAAGUCUUGACUCACAUUGUAUUUGUUGAUUAAAUCAUUGAUUGGUCUGUUAAUUAGCAUUUAAUAAUGAGGACACGGCUAGAUGUAUAAAACCAGUUUUACAUGUAAAAGUAAAGGAAUAAAGUACAAAAUGUAAAGA